UGCUCGAGAAACUUCUAGCCUUCGUCACAAAGGCUUGCACAACUAGUUCUGGCCUUCUGGGAAACUACUCCGCAAGGACCAAGAGUCCAGAACCUCGCCAGCUUUCAUCAGCUCCGGCGACUUGGAGAAGGACGAAGCCACAAAAUCCGAUCGAAAGUUUGGUGCUUGCAAGGCGAGGGGAGUGGAUUUCUGUGCGUGGUGAGGGAAGUGGAUUUCCGUGCGCGGAUGGGGCAGGCGUUCCGCAAGCUGUUCGAUGCCUUCUUCGGCACCAGCGAGAUGAGGGUCGUGAUGCUUGGGCUGGAUGCCGCGGGCAAAACCACCAUCCUGUACAAGCUGCAUAUCGGGGAGGUUUUGUCGACUGUUCCCACGAUUGGUUUCAAUGUCGAGAAAGUGCAGUACAAGAAUGUGAUGUUUACUGUUUGGGAUGUCGGUGGCCAAGAGAAAUUGAGGCCCCUGUGGAGGCACUACUUCAACAACACAGAUGGCUUGAUCUACGUGGUUGAUUCAUUGGAUCGAGAGAGAAUUGGAAAAGCCAAAGCUGAAUUUCAGGCAAUAAUUAAUGAUCCUUUGAUGCUUAACAGUGUCAUAUUGGUAUUUGCCAAUAAACAAGAUAUGAUAGUCUGUGUCUGGAUCAGUUCCUGUACCUGUACUGCAUAGAACGCCCUCUGUAUCUUUUUGAUGAGAAAGGGGCAAUGGCACCAAUGGAGGUGUGCGAGGGCCUUGGCCUUUAUGAUUUGAAAAAUCGCAUCUGGCACAUCCAGGGCUCUUGUGCCCUCAAAGGUGAUGGUCUAUAUGAGGGCUUGGACUGGUUGGCAAGCACGCUGAAGGAACUGCAAGCUUCAGGUCGCCUACCGUCAGGAGGGACCUCGUUGUUCUAAGCAGCAAGCCUGCAUGUAAAAUCCUUUGGCUGGAGGAUGCGCUUUUGUCCUAGAUUGUACUCAUCCCUGGGAUAAGGGGAUGACCAUUUCUUGUCUAUGAUCUAACCUGUGACGUAGGUCUUGUAAAUUUCGUUGCAAGUUUAUAUACAAAGCUAACUGGGCGGAUGCAUUUGUUCAUAUAUGAGAACUGAUAAGUCAAAAUCCUUGUGAUGUAAACGUUUCUGUAAAUUUGAGUUGGCAAAUGCAAUUUAUCUCGACAAGUUGCUCAUUAUAAA